AUGUCUAACACACUUAUGAGACUUCGCUCGGCGCGGCCUAUUGGCCUUCGCCUGCGCUCUAUCCCUGCGCUGUCUGUUCAAACUCGUGCUCAGACUACCAUGCCAUUCCGUCUCCCGGAUGCGAGAAAUGAACCUAACCCUCUAUAUAAGAAAGGCUCCCCAGAGCGCGCUAAGCUUGAAGAAGCAUUGAUCAAGCUUCGUUCUCAACUACCCGUCCGAAGUGAACUCUUCUAUGACGGCAAAUUCCAAGCAAGCUCACAGUCCUGGGAUCAGCCAUUGCCCGCAGAACAUGCUACUACCUUCACAAACUACCCACUUGCUACAGAUGCCCAGACCAAAUCAGCUAUUGAGCUAGCUCUUAAUGCAAAGCAAAGCUGGCAGGAUACACCAUUCGUUGAUCGAGCAUCGAUUUUCCUCAAAGCUGCCGAGCUGUUAUGCACCAAGUACCGAUACGAAAUCAUAGCGGCGACGAUGCUCGGACAAGGAAAGAACAUCUGGCAGGGAGAGAUCGAUGCGGCAGCUGAACUGGCAGAUUUCUUUCGCCUGAACUGCAACUGGGCUGCCGAGAUCUUGGAGAAGCAACCGACCCGCGGCACUGAUGGCAUGUGGAGCCGCAUUGACUAUCGACCCCUGGAGGGUUUUGUUUACGCUGUCUCUCCGUUCAACUUCACCGCUAUUGGUGGCAACCUCAUCUGCGGGCCUGCAUUGAUGGGUAACGUGGUGUUGUGGAAGCCAUCAGCAUCCAAUGUCUACGCCAGCUCUUUGCUGUACAAAAUUCUUUUGGAGGCUGGUCUUCCACCGAAUGUAAUCCAGUUUGUGACUGGUGACCCUGAAGCCAUUACCAAGACUGUGCUCUCCCACCGUGACUUUGCCGGCUUGAACUUUAUUGGCUCAUCUGAUGUCUUCCGUUCUCUGUAUGGAAAGAUUGGCGAGGGCGUUGCCGCAAAGAAAUACCGCGAAUUCCCCCGCUUCGUUGCCGAGACUAGUGGAAAGAACUUCCAUCUUAUUCACUCAUCGGCCGAUAUCUCGAGUGCAGUCAACCAUACCAUCCGCGGCGCGUUCGAGUAUCAGGGCCAAAAAUGCUCCGCUACGUCGCGUCUUUACUUGCCUGAGUCCCGAGCGGAGGAAUUCCUUACUCAAUUGAAGACUGGUGUCAAAGAGAUCACCAUUGGAAACCCAGACAAGGACUUGGAGGCUUUCAUGGGUCCCGUAAUCCACCGGGGCUCAUUUGAAAAGAUCAAGUCUAUCAUUGAUGCCAGCAACAAGGAUCCCUCGCUGAAGCUGAUCGCUGGUGGUACUUAUGAUGAUUCUGUGGGCUUCUACGUGCAUCCGACUGUGUAUCAGGCCGAUUCCCCGGAUCACUCUCUCUUCAACGAGGAGAUCUUUGGUCCCGUGUUGGCUGUGUAUAUCUACAAGGAUGCCGACUGGGCUUCUACCCUUAAGUCUGUUGACCAGAAUGGAGGCGGCUUUGCCUUGACUGGCGCUGUCUUUGCUAAGGAUCGUGCAGCUAUCCGCCAGGCCGAAGAUGCUCUCCGAUACUCUGCCGGUAACUUUUAUAUCAACUGUAAGACAACUGCUGCACUUAUUGGGCAGCAAUCCUUUGGUGGUGCGCGUGCUAGUGGAACCAAUGACAAGGCUGGAAGUUCUGAUCCGCUCCGUCGUUUCGUUAGCCCUCGGUUGAUCAAGGAGGAAUUCUUCGACCAGGAAGGAUUUACCUACCCUAGCAACCACUGA